UGUGAGUUCAUCGUCACUUUCUUAGAUCCAUCCGACAGGACCAUGCUUGGGGUUUAAUGUCGAACUUACCUGGUCAUAAUUUGCACUAAUUUACCUAGGCCUUUUACUUUUUUAUAUAUGAUUUUUACAUGGUGGCAUUAACCUACGUUUGUCUCGAGCUCUGGUCCCCUAAAUCCCGGUACCGUACAAUACAUCUUCACUUAUACCACACUACGUCUUAGCUGUACCGUGGUGCGAGUGAGAAAGGUGGAGGAAUAGAUCACCAAUCAAAAAGCAACGAGCCACCAUAUAGCAAACCGAAGAUGCUUCUCCCAUCCCUAUCGACCGUCGGCAUCCUCGUCGUCAUCCUCCCGCUACUAUACAUCUACACGGCGUCCGUAGCGCAGACGCGCCUGCCGAUGCUCCGCGGCAAGCGCAUCUGCUUGCUGAUCGCGCACCCGGACGACGAGGCCAUGUUCUUCGCCCCCACCGUCCUCGCUCUCACCCGCCCCGAGCUCGGCAACCACGUCAAGAUCCUGUGCUUGAGCUCCGGGAACGCGGACGGCCUCGGCGAGAUACGCAAGAAGGAGCUUGUGAAAAGCGCCCUGCUGCUAGGUCUUGCCCGCGAGGACGACGUCCUGGUUUACGAGAGCCCCGAUUUCCCCGACUCUAUGACCACAACCUGGGACGCCAAAAAAAUCUCCGCCCUCCUAACCAGCGCCUUCGCGCCGCGCCCUUCCACCACCACCGCUCUUCCAAAACACCCCUCCUCUUCUUCUUCUUCUGUCUCCUCCGAUUCCCUAACCCCCCCCAACGCCACCGUCGACGCCAUCGUCACCUUCGACUCGCGCGGCGUCUCCUCGCACCCGAACCACAUCUCCCUGUACCACGGCGCGCGCGCCUUCGUCGCCGCCCUGACCCGCGCCCGCCCCGGCUGGCGCGCCCCCGUCGACCUGUACACCCUGACGACCGUCGCGCUCCCGCGCAAGUACGCCGGCUUCCUCGACGUGUUCGCGACCGUGGGCUCGCUAGCGCUCGCGGGCCCCGGCGCCGCGAGCAGCAGGAGCGAUAAAGGGAAUCCGAGCCUGUUGGUUAGCGUGAGCGCCCUGGCCUGCGGUGGUCGCGAGACGUACGGCGCCGCCAGGCGCGCUAUGACCGAGGCGCAUCAGAGCCAGAUGGUCUGGUUCCGGUGGGGGUGGAUCGCGAUGAGCAGGUACAUGUACAUAAAUGACCUGCGGUUGGAAAAGGUCAAGUCGUGAUCACCUAGGUACCUAGGUAGUUAUUGUCGAGAUUUUUUUUUUCGCCGGUUUUGGAUAUAUGAUAUAUGUGAGAAAAUGAUAAAGCGUUGAUUGAUUCCGUGCUAUGAAGCUAUGAAGCUGUGAAGCUAUAUAUCUGGUGAAGUAUAUAUAGUACGAGCCCUUU